AUGGGCUGCUGUGGUUCGACCAUCAAGGACAAUGAGAUCUCGAAAGCUACGGCACAGAGUUUCUUCAAGUUGGAAGGCUUGCCGUUAUCACUGACCGUUGUCAAGCUCGACAACUCGCGGCUUGAGCUUCGUAUCGUGGGAUUGGACUGCCCAGAAGAGCUCCAACGAUUGGAGGUCGCCUUGCAGAAGAGGAGACUAUGCCUCACGUCUGGGACAUUGCUGAAGGUUGGGUCGCAUAUUGACCAGACCUUCGAGCUUACCGUGAAGAAGAAAAUCCGAAGCCCAAUCAAGGACUACAUGACAGCAUCACCUUCGACUCAAGUGGAAGUGGAAGAAGCGACUGCUCAGUCUAUUUGCGAAGAGCUGCCAGCAGCAAAAAUGCUGAUGAGCCAAGUGCGAGAUGCCAAAGGAUUGCUGAGACUCUUUGUUAAAUGUCCCAUGAGGGGAGGCGAGCGAGGGCUCAUUGCAGAAACAAUGGCACGUCGAAAGCUCAGACUGGACUGUGCUGCUUUGAUGACUUCGGAUUCUUCGACGCCAACGAUGUGCGACACUUAUUGGAUGAGGCCACUCGAUGAUGACACGGAGGAUGCGGCGUCAACUGCACGGCAGAUUUGUGAAGGAUUCAAACUUGCGCUAUUUGCUCAUGCCCAAAGCAUGGCAUCGUUGUUGGCGGCCGAGAAGAAGCAGAAAAACCACCAUCUGAGCAGCCCCACGGGCCAGGAUUCUGCCUCUCAAGAACACAGUGGCAAGUCCAGCGAUCCGUACAGUUUUGCAGCUCAGGAACACAGCUCCACAUCCUCCUAUCCUGUUGCCCGAAUUCCAAGUUCAGGCUCGAUCGGUGGCUUUGUGAACGGCCUCAACCAGAAAGUGGUGAAUGAGGAUCUUCCUCUUCCCUUGCGAUGGACGCAGAAUAAGUUAGAAUAUAACAUACGCCCAUCAUCUGCAGGUUUUGUUGUCGAUGGCUACCAAAAAUACGUGGGCAUGGGCUUGGUGCACCGAAGUAUGAAGGAAAUGCUAAGUGGAAAGAAGGAUCCAGACCAAUCUCUUGUGUUGGAGAUGCGCACGUUCUUCAUCUCCCAGAAGCAGGCCUCUGCAGCUGGCCACCUUGCUCAGUUUUCCCACAUGGUGCACGAGGCAGUGGUGGGCACCCCAGAACAUUCUCACUUUGUGACUUGGAUGAACGUCACAGAGCGCACCUGGACCAUCGACCGCGUCUUCCUCAAUGAUGUUCUACCAGCUGGAAAUGGCUAUGGCGGCAAAGCAAUUUCCGAGCAUUUACUUGCGCCUCCAGACCUUUUAUUCCCUGAUUCCAAGUCUCAGUUGCUUGGAAGUUUCAUAGACUCUUUGCCAGAUCUUCAGAAGAUAGUAGUAUGCGAUGUCGUCAACUGGAACACCUACAUGCUUAUGGCUGUUGCAGGCUCUACCACAAAGCAAGCCACCGAUAAGCUGGGUGACGUUCUGGGAUUUGCUUUGCAAAGUGAGCUGCAAGCAGCAGACUUGACAAGGGCACAGCUCUCCGAAUGGUCAUUGUUAGAUGUCUUUCAGCGCACCGUUCUUGGUAAGAUGUGCUCAUCAGUAAUCAAGAGAGUGAACAACGAGCUCAAACACAAUCUCAAGAUGGAAUCCGCAGAGGUGAUAUUUGGCGAAGGCGACGAGGAAAUGUUUGGGCAGCGGCGUCCCAGAAUGGCCAUCAUAGUCAAUUUGGCCUCAAACGACCUGGAAGCAGCACGUCGCAGCAAAGUGCGUUUAGCAAGUGCCAGCGAGAAGUUGGUGCCUGCCCAGGCCAAAGCCUCAAGGGAUUCUAGGUUUGAGCCCAGAAAGGAAUGUGCAGCACAGGCAGAAAACGACACAAAAAGACAAGACUCAAACGCCAACCUCUCGACGAGCCUCUCAGUCCAUGACCUUGGAGGGAUGGGGGAGUUUCUGGAGGAAAGCUGGGCAGAAGGCUACGUGCAGGAGCUCACCACCCAUGCGCAUGCAGAAUCCAGUAGCUGCUUUUACUUCGCGAGCAUGGCCAGUGGCAUGACCCGUUUGAUGCACGAGAUGCAAAUCGAACGCGGACUCUCUUGCCGUGCAUGUGCAGCGAGUGCAGAUGAAGCAAUGAAGGACAGUGGCACAACGAAGGCCAGCGAGCGCUUGCAGCAGCAGCGUGGAAAGACAGACAAGUCUUUGCGACAACUCAUCGAGUUGGUAAAGAUUGCAUCAAGCUUGGCUGAGCUUGGCAAACUAGAAGCUCGUCAUCAGGAUGUGCUGCGGCUGCAAGAGCAGAUAUCAAUUGGACUCAUCGUGCAACGACGACUGGUGGAUGAUGCAAUCUCUGACAAGAUCAACAAUUGGAUGGACCGCUAUUUGAUGGUUUGCAGCAGUGGUGACAGUGCCUACCAUGUGCUGGUUGGAAAACUUUUGCACGGGAUCGUCAGGGCCCUGCACUUCGCAUUGGAAGAGGUGAAGCAAGCGGAGCCGCGAGAAGCAGUUGCAGAACGAUGUGCAAUUCUGCUUAGGUGCAAAGAGCAAGUCGGCCAAGAGAGAGCAUUGAUUGCCGCCAAGGGAAAUUCCAGGUGGGUUGAAUCAGCUCUUGCUCAAGAUGCCUUUGAUACCAUCAAAAAAGGCUCCCUGCGACUCGCUCAUCUCGUCCGGUCAGAAGGUUUGCAUUGGAGUGCCCCUGACAACAAGCUCAUUGUCGUGAGCACACUGCAAGAGAUGCACGACCUUUACGAGAAAGAAGGAACUGACCCUAGCUACUCCAUACCCGCAAGCAAAGCGAUUGCAUGGUUUGAGUUGCUGACGCGGUGGAUCGAUGCAGCGUAUGACCAGAUCCAGGCAGAGAUCGAAGCUAUCACCGAGCAGCUUCCAGAAGACAAUGUGGCCAAACCAUGUGCAGAUAUGGCUCUAAUGGAUCCACCGGAGCCACUGUCAUUGGAUGCCAGAGAUGAGCAGGCUGGUCUCAUUGUAUCAGAGUUGAAGGCUGGAAAGUUCUCCAACGUGGUGGUCAUGGCAGGUGCGGGCAUUUCCGUUUCUGCCAACCUACCAGAUUUUCGUUCCAAGGGUGGACUUUACGAUCAGCUACGCCACACCACCAAUAUUACCUCGCCAGAGACCAUCUUCACAAGUGGCUUUCUGAACAAAAACCCCGAGCUGUUCAACCAGGUCAUGCAAAAACUUCGUGUAGAUGGUGUUGAGCCAACACUGACCCAUGCGUUCCUCAAGCUACUCGAGAAGAAGAAGAUAUUGAAAAGGCUUUACACUCAAAACAUAGACAGCCUCGAGCGGAAAGUUGGCAUCCAAGAGGCAAACCUCAUCGAAUGCCAUGGGACUACGGCACGGUCCAAGUGUCAGGAAUGCCGGAAGGUGUACAGCAAAGAGGACUAUUUUGACUGGAAGGGUGAAGGUGUUCCUCGCUGCCACUGUGGUGGCUUGCUACGUCCUGACAUAGUCCUUUUUGGCGAGCCUUUGCCCACAAGUUUUCAAACGUCAUCUACUCCAGAUUUCCAGGAAGCAGAUUUGUUGAUCAUCAUGGGCACAUCAUUGCAGGUGCAUCCGUUUGCCUCCUUGCCCAAAUUGGUGAAGUCGAAUUGCGCGAUUCUGGUCGUGAACCGUGAGCUGCCUCGAAGCCUCAGUUUACAUCGACAGGUGCGAUCUCUUCAAUCUCGGCUCACCGGAAAGAAGCUCAGGAAGGAGGUUUUCCUGCAAGGGGACUGUGACACGAGCAUACGCUGGCUUGCCUCCGAAUUGGGAUGGAGCAAACAACUUGAAGAAAUCAGACAACCAGGUCGAGAAAUUAUUUCCACUUAA